GGAAACUAUUUGAUAACCGUUAUGUUGUAUUCAGACGAGACAGAUAUCUGCUAACUGGUAAAGAUCGGCGGGGAGGGGUAUUAAUUGCUGGCGGCUACAAGUAUGUAAAGUGUGUGUGUGACGGCUGGCGAUCAGCUCAUUCCUCGCGAUCUUGGUUGAAUCUACUUGGCUGCAGGAUGCAGGACGUAGAAACGUACUUGUCCCACAACAAGAAUUCUCCGAAGUACUCGAAGAUUUCCAAAAUCCUGCGAGAUAAUGAACAGCUGUUCGAUUGGUGUCCGGAAGAGAAAAUUCUGGACGCCGGAUGUGGCCCUGGUGACGUCACUGUGAACGCGUUGAUACCUUGGCUUCCACCUGAUUUCCAGUUGGUAAUGGGGGUGGAUGUGUCACCUACAAUGGUGGACCAUGCUUUGGCAGCCCAUGCGUCUAACAAGCUUACGUUCGCCACCUGGGAUAUUGAGCAGGAGGUCACAGACGUUUUGAAAAACGGGAAAUUCGCGAGCGGAUUCGACAAAGUGUUUUCGUUCUACGUAUUGCACUGGCUACAAGAUCUAGGGAAAGGAGUUAGGAACCUGCACUCACUGCUGAAAACCAGAGGGCAAGCCCUUCUAUUUUUCCCAGUUGAUCGUAUUUUCCAAAGAACCUACAAGAAGGUUCGAGCGUCUGAAACUUGGAGUAGAUAUUUUCAGACUGUAACCAGAAAGAUACCACCAUUUCCAAAAGAAGAAGAUCCAUUAGCUGAAUUUGAAACUAUGCUGAUAGAUACUGGAUUCGAAAUAAUGAAAAGUGAAAUUAGAGACCAUAUUGAUGAUUUUCCCUCAGUUGAAGAUGUCACAGCACUAGUGGAGUCUCUGGACCCGGACAUAGCCCAUGUGCCGGUCGACCUGAAAGCCUCGUACCUCAGAGAUUGUCUUCAAGUGAUGGAUCAGAUGGAAGUACUCAACUUAGAGCGAACUUCCAUCAAACAGAAGAUGGUGCUUUGUGUCAUUCGAAAGCCUUAAUAGGUUGCAGAAAAUAGCAUUAUCAAUGUAGUUUGAAUCAUAUUUAAUGUACUGGUGCUAACUGUUUUGUAUUUUGGUUAAAUAAUAAUUUAUGUACUAAUGAAA